GUCAUUAGCAAGUACUUCCUUUUCAGCGACACCCUUGUAAGGGCAUGUUGGUUUUCUGGAAUCGAUCGGAUCGGAUUCAAGUGUAAUGAAUAUUCUUUCACACGAGUAAACAUGCCAUAGCACGAUAGCUCGAAGAGAGACAUAUAGCACGACGUUGCUACUACCGACGAACGAUUACGAGCAUCUCGAUUCACGACAAUGGCAACAAUGCCUCCUGAGAGCACUCCGGUGGUGCUAUUCGGAUACGACUCAUCCCCAUUCACCCAAAAAGUCAGGCUCGCAUUGCGUUUGAAGCAAAUACCCUACACAUUCAUCCUCGUCCCGUCAAUGAUGCCCCGACCCAUACUAAGGGACAACUUCAACCUCGCUUACCGAAAAAUCCCUGUCCUAGCAAUCGGACGGGACAUAUACAUCGACACAUCACUCAUCCUCGAGGCGCUGGAACACCACUUCCCGCCAUCUCGAGGCUACGGUACGCUGUAUCCUUCUCCAUCAGAUACCGUCCGGCCAUUGGUCCGGGGGUUCGCCUCAUAUUGGACCGACCGUCCCCUUUUCCGGGUGAUGACAGGAUUGAUCCCCAGCACCGUGUGGCGUACACACUUUGGUACUGACCGCGCAAAUCUGAUCGGUCAUAAACUCGACGCGGAUAAACUUGAGCGUAAAGUCCCGCAGAAUCUUGCCGGUCUGGAUCUACAGCUGAGUUUGUUGGAGCCGUUGUUCGCAUCGCGGAGGCAGUGGGUGUUCGACGGGGCGAGUCCUAGUGCCGCAGAUCUGGCAUUGUGGUAUCAACUUGACUGGGGUGAGAAGAUCAGUCGAGGGGAGGGGAUCGAGGAUUUGACGGGUGGUGGGACGAGAGAUGGAUAUGGUGAGGGGAUUGACAGCGUGUUUAAUGGUGAGAGGUAUCCCGGGUUGACUGCUUGGUUUGGCCAGUUCAAGGAGUACAUUGAAGGGCUGUCAAGUACGGAGACGAGGUUUGAAAGGGGGGAUGAUACGGGGAUCGCGCAGGUAUUGGACAAAGUGCAGAGCGCUGCGUUGAGGAAAGAUGUUGUCUUGUUGCCGACACUGGCUGGACCUCAUGGCUCGCUGGACAAGCGAAAUGGACUUGUUGCUGGAGUGCUGGUUAGUGUAGCGCCAGAUGAUACUGGACAGGGCAGUCCGACGGUGGGCACGUUGGUGGCGAUCACGCCGGAGGAGGUGGUUAUUUCCCCUGCGAAGAUUGGUGAUGGACCGAGAGUCGGGGAUGUGAGGAUUCAUUUUCCCAGGAUCGGGUUCGUUGUCAGACCUGUCGGUACGGCGAAGUUGUGAGAUGUCGGGAAUCGAGCCACGGCUGUCGAACGAAAUGACGAGUUGGUCUCAAUUGAAGAAAUGUCAUGAAGAAGUAACCAUUAUGACCGCAGAGAAAAUACUAG